AGUGCUUUGAUCUGGAUAAUGACGGUCGGAUUGACUUUAAAGAAAUGGCGCUGGGAAUGCGACGCAUAGAUCUGGACAUUCCCAUGGAUGAUGCCACCCGGGUAGCCCUGGGCGCUAUGCUGCUGUACGAUGAAGACCAUACGCGUUCGUUGUCGAGGGAUGAGUUCGCAAAGUUCUAUUCGCAUUUCUGUGAUCUGUUGGGUCUCAACCCGCAGAGUGUGGCGUGGAAGGUGGAGGACGCAUACAGUCGGAAUAAGCCGACACGGGAAGACCGAGAAAUAGUGGAGGAGGUCGAGAGGAAGCUCAUGCCCAAGAUAAUUCAAACACCACAGGAAAUCAUCAAGCUAAGCCAACACCCUCCGUUACAGGCCUUAUUCGACCAGUGGGACGAAGACAAUGAUGGUCUCCUGUCGUUGCAGGAGCUUGCCAUGGGUCUCUCCAAGUUCCAGCCUUCGCAGGACAUCAGCAACAUCAUUGUACAGGCGGCUGCCGCGCUGAUGGAGUACGACAUGAGCAAAACGAAGAGUCUGGACCGCUUAGAGUUCACCGGGCUAGUGAUAAACCUAGCCCAAACAGCCCGAGCGCCCAUAGACGGGAUAGUGGACUUCCUAUUACUGCAGACAAGUAUCAAGAAGAACGAUUCCCUGGACGCUGACGCUGCGGCUGAUAUUGAAGAUGCGAUGCAAACAGAUGUGAAAAACAGGCGAGACUCGUUGACCCGAUGAGUUUGGGAGGAUUUCCCAUCAGAUAGUCUAGUCAAAAACCAUAUCAAAAAGAAUCAGACCUAGCAUAUAUAAACCUGAGAACAUCAGGGUUGCACAAUAAAGGGAUGAUGUCAGUGAAGCUGC